AUGAUUCAGGAGCAUUAUGAUGCAAGUGGCCCUGAAAAAACCCCAGUGGAUGCUUUUACACUUUGGAAUUUAGUUCGAGCCUGUCUGGACCCCAGACAUGAACAAAUAAAAUUUAAUCAGUUGAUUGGGAAAGUUGAACAGGGUACCGAGUCUCGCCCUGCUCCGGGAGCGCAUACUGCUGCCCAAAAGAAAUCAAAUAAAUUGAUAAAAGUUGAAUCCAUUGAGUCAGAAAAUGAGAAAAAGUCAGAUGGCUCGGAUGCUGAGGAAAAAUCAGAUGACUCAGAUACUGAGGAAAAAAUAUAUGAUGAGCCUACUGAGGAUAGAACAGUCCAUUUUGAGGAAAUGUUAAAUUCAGUUAUAAAAAAAUUGUCACAGAUUGAAGCAAUGCUGCAGUCUACCAGGUCUGCGCAGCCUAGUCGGCCCAGGCCUUUGAAGUUAUCUAGUCCUCCUAAUGAUGAAUUCCCUCUUGGGACCGGGGCUAUUUGCCCUCCGAGGCGUAGUGCCUUGCAGCUCUCAUUAGCACAGGCUGCUCAAAGAGGGGAGGAUAUUUCUGGUUUUCAUUUAUUUCCUGUAAUGGAGGACCAAAACCAACAAAGAACUCGCCAACCUAUUCAAUUUAAACAAAUAAGAGACUUGAAAAAUGCUUGCGCUCAAUAUGGACCUACAGCUCCAUUUACGCAGGUAAUUUUGGAAACAUUGUCUACUGAUGCUUUAUGCCCUAAUGAUUGGAAACAAUUAGCUAGAGCUUGUCUUAGUGGAGGAGAUUACUUGUUGUGGAAGUCUGAAUUUGUGGAACAGUGUCAGGCCACAGCAGAGGUUAAUAGGGCUAAUAAUAUACCUACUACUUUUGCAGAGCUUGCUGGGGAAGGUGCUUAUAAUGACAUCCAUACCCAGUUAAAUUACCCUGUGGGCGCAUAUGCUCAGAUUAAUGCCGCUGCUAAGCGUGCCUGGAAGAAACUUCCUAACUCUAAUAAGACUGAGGAUCUUUCUAAAAUUAGACAAGGACCAGAUGAACCUUAUCAAGACUUUGUCUCUCGGUUACUAGAGGCAACAGGUCAUCUCAUCCAAGAUGGGGAUGCCAGUAUGGUUCUUGUACAACAAUUGGCAUAUGAAAAUGCUAAUGCAGCUUGCCAAGCAGCCAUUAGACCAUUUAGAAAAAAAGGAGGAAUAACUGAUUAUAUUCGGCUCUGUGCUGACAUUGGCCCAUCAUAUAUGCAGGGCCUCACACUGGCUGCUGCACUUCAGGGACAAACCAUAACUGAAUUCCUCCGCACUCCCCGGGGAGACAAAAAUGGAGGACGACGUCCCCGAGUUGCUGGACCUCCUGGCAGCUGUUUUUCUUGCGGCCAAAUGGGCCAUCUAAUAACUCAAUGUCCUAAUCAGAAAAAGGGAGCUAAACUAAGGAAAUGCCCCCGAUGUAAUAAGGGAAGACAUUGGGCCAGAGAUUGUAAAUCUACUUUUGAUAGUGCAGGCCGCCCGAUUCUGGAAAACUGGCAGAGGGGCCAGCCCCUGGUCCCUCAACAAAAAAACCGGGGCAGCCCCAUCCUUUUCACGGCUUCAAGCCUACCAGCUGGCAACCAACAGCAGCAACAACAAACGGUUUCCAGUCUCCUCAGAGCAACCCCAGGAAGUGCAGGAUUGGACCUCUGUUCCUCCACCUACACAGUAUUGACUCCUGAAAUGGGAGUUCAAGCUCUGCCUACGGGCAUAGUUGGCCCCCUUCCAAAAGGAUCCGUUGGUCUGUUAUUAGGCCGCAGUAGCUCGGCAUUGAGAGGCCUACAUAUUACCCCAGGGGUGAUAGAUCAAGACUAUACUGGAGAAAUAAAAAUUAUGGCCUCAGCGCCUACUGGAGUUAUAUCUAUUUCUGCUGGGCAAAGAAUCGCUCAGCUGGUCCUAGUUCCUUUAAUCUCUGUUGGAAAUUCUGUUACUUCUGCCCCAAGAGGCACAAAAAAUUUUGGAGCCUCAGAUGUAUUUUGGAUUCAAAAUAUAAAACAAGGAAGGCCUGAACUUAUAAUUUAUAUUCAAGAAAAGCCUUUUCAAGGUGUGCUGGAUACUGGAGCAGAUGUAUCUGUAAUAGCUAAAAAAUAUUGGCCUUCUCACUGGCCCCUUACUGCCUCUCUCACAUCCUUACAAGGAAUUGGCCAUGCUACAGAUCCACAGCAAAGCAGUGCUAUUCUCAAUUGGAAAGAUGAUGAGGGCCAUUCUGGAACUUUUCAGCCUUAUGUGCUGGAUCAUUUGCCCAUUAAUUUGUGGGGGAGAGAUAUUAUGGAAAAAAUGGGAGUUUAUUUGUUUAGUCCAAAUGAUGUAGUCACCCUACAACUCUUAGAUCAAGGACUGCUACCCUCAGGGGGACUGGGGAUUGGUCAACAAGGCAUUAGAGAGCCCAUUCAGCCACAGCCCCGACCAAAUAGACAAGGUUUAGGAUAUUUUUAGCGGGGGCUGCUGCUCAUCCUGCC